AUGAAACUUCAAAUUUAUUUAGGACUAGUUACGUUAAUAUUUCUUUGGGCGUAUUCUACUCCAGCAAAUGGAUACAACGUAAUAUGUUACUUCUCCAGUUGGGCAAUUUAUAGAAACUUCUCUGGAAAAUUUGACGUUUCUGACAUUGAUCCUCACCUUUGUACUCACGUCAACUUUGCCUUUGUAGAAUUAUAUGAAGAUGGUUCAUUAUAUAUUGUAGAUCCUUGGGAAUCCAACGAUAAAAAUGAUGGUGGAUAUUAUGAGGGUUUUAAACAACUGAAAAACCUGAAGAAUACAAAUCCUGGAUUAAAAGUAUUACUCAGCUUAGGAGGAUGGAACGAAGGUUCCAAAAAUUUCUCGAUAGUGGCAGCUAAUCCAUCAAAACGACAAAGGUUAGCUAGGGAAUGCCUGGCUUUAAUUGAAGAAUACGGUUACGAUGGAAUAGACAUCGACUGGGAAUAUCCUACCUUGAGGGAUGGAUCACAUCCAGAAGACAAGGAUAACUUUGUAGAAAUGUUAAAGGACUUCCAAGAUAUCAUGAAACCAAAAGGUUUGUUACUAACUGCUGCUGUAGCUGGAGCUGUAGAUAAAAUUGAAUCUGCUUAUCAUGCUACUGGUUUAGAAUACUGGCUGUACAAAAAUGCAGAUUCUUCAAAAAUUAAUCUUGGACUUCCAACUUACGGCCGAACUUUCACUCUUGCAGAUAGAACCAAAACCGAACUAUACUCAGAAGUACUUGGCCCAGGCGAAAGAGGACUUUAUACGGGAAUAAGAGGAAGUUUGGGAUAUCACGAGAUUUGCGAAUUCUAUUCUGGAUCCGACUCAACUUACUACUGGGAUGACGAACAGAAAGUUCCUCACAGGGUAUGGGAAGAUCAAUGGGCUGGAUACGACGAUCAGAGAUCGAUACAAUAUAAAGUGGACUUUGCUGUGAGUCAUAACCUCGCUGGUGUUUUAAUCUGGUCUUUGGAUACAGACGAUUUCCGAGGAGAAUGUGGUAGAAAAUAUCCUCUCUCGUAUGCCGCUAAAGAAAGACUAAUGUAUCAUGAAGCAAAAAAGAAGAAUAACAAAUAA